UUUUUAAUCAAUAACAUGGACCCAAUUAUGGAUAUUAUUAAUAAUUCAGAAGAGCCAGAAUGGCUUGAAAGAAAUGUGGUGGGAGAUCUGAGACUAUGGCAAAUUAUGUUUCUGUGUUUGGCAAGUGUUGCUUCUCUUAUCGUGAUCGUAUGCUGUUGUUUCCGGUACCGUAUUCCUCGCACGAAACAACAAAUCGAAGCUGACUAUCAGAGGCGAAAGAUCACCAAUAAAUUCCGUGCGAAGUUAGAGACCAUACAGGAUGCAAAGAUGGACGCUAUGUCGUUAAAAGAUGCGUUGGAUAUACUGCACGAACAAACUGCUAUUAACAUGGAGGGAGAAAAUCAACAGGGAUCGCAGCCAAGCUCUAUCAUGUCACCGCAACAAAGUUCAUUGGACGCAUCAUUUCAGCCUGAAGGCGGGCAGAAACCGGAGCCUCAAGCAUCGGGUCUUAGUUUUGUAAAGUUUGCGUCCAAAGUUGCAACUAUCUCCAAACUAGGACAACCCAAGUCACCAACAUCGCCCACACCCUCGGGAAACAAGAUGGAGUUCUAAAUGUAUUUAUAAGGUUAUUAAUGAAUUAUUAUAUGCUUAUUGUGCAGUUGAUAUUAUGAUAUAUAUUUAAGUAGAAUAUUCUUAUAGGACAAAUAAAAUAAAAUUUAAAAUGCA